AUGGACAGCGAGGGUUCAGAGUCGUAUGUGUCAGACAAUGAGUCAUGGUGGUGCAAGGUGAUCGAACAUUCCAUGGUUGACGGUGAGGAUGAACUGGAAGUCAUCGACUUUGCUUGGGAGACGUACAGCGUCAUGGACAUGAGCUUAGAUGAUGCAUUGCUUGGAGAUGAAGAAUGGGUUGCACAUGCAGAAGUAAGAGGGAUCAGCAGCAGGUCUGACGAGGGCUACAACGCUCUGUCUGAAGGGCUACCUCAGGAGGUGGUCUUGGAUUCAGGUGCUGACCUCAGUGUGAUGCCGCGAGCAUGGUUGGAAGCGAAUCUUGGAGACAGGGGUUCGAGUGCACCAGUCCGAAUGGUCGACGCCCAAGGGAAAGAGAUGAAGAACCAUGGUAGCAGGAAGAUCACUCUGGACCUAGGCCCAGCGAUGAUCCAAGAGGAGUUCUACGCGUCCGACGUUGGUGCGCCCCUGAUCUCAUUGGGGAGAUUGCUGAAGAAAGGUUGGAGCCUCGACCACAGGAAUGGACUCCUGCAUCUGUGCAAUGAUCCCGAAGAGAUAGAAGUGCCGGUCUCAUUCCGAAGGAAUAGCCUUGUGGUUGAUGCCAGAGUGUUCAUGGUCCGGGAUGAUGAGGUGAAAGACCCAGAAGAAGAAUGUGUUCGAGCAACCAAAGAAGGUCGGAUUAUAGUGCAGCCGCAUUUCAACAUCCACGGACUUUCUCCAGGGUGGAAUUUCCUCGACUGUGGUGAUCCUUGCAUCUUGAAGAGAGAUAAGGUUCGCCUCGACCCUUCAGAUGACAUGUCAGUGCAUUUAUGGAAGUACCGCACAACUUUGGUGUUCAGACAGGAAGCAUGGGAGCUUGUGGACUUCCAGGAGCCCCUGGAAAACGUGGAGAACCUGAGUGAGGUGAUUGAACAUGGCGAUGCAGCAGUCCUGAUAUUCACCAUCAUGCAUCGUACGAAAGGUGACCCCGAUCACUACGGCCUAACGCUCGUUGCUGAAGCUGGAACUUCCGAGGCAGAUGAAGUGAAAGAUUGGCCAGUGGAUCUUGAUCUGUAUGCCGAAGAGAUGAGCGUAGCUGAUCCGCAUGAACAAAUGAGCCCAAUCGAUCUCCCAGGUGUAUGUGAUCAAGAUGGCCAUGAAGAACCGGUGGGCGCAAGUCCCGCCCCAAUGUUGAUCGGAUGUGGAGAAGAAGAUCAUGUGGUAGUAGAGGGACUGCGGUUGAACGAGGAUUCGAGUGCUCGAGAACUACGAGAAGCGUGCAAAGCCUUAGGACUGGGGAUGUCUGGUUCCAAGAAAGUUAUGUUCCAGAGGUUGAUGAGUCACUCAAAGAAGAGAGCAUUGGAGGAUGCGAUGGCGCUGGAAAAUGCGGCGAAACCUCAUGAACAUCAACCGCGUGGAGAGAGACUUCCUAAGCAACCAACUGCUGAUGAAAUUGCCGAACAUGAGCUCACUCAUGUACCGUUCAAGGAAUGGUGCAGCUAUUGCGUGAGUUGCAGAUCAAGGAGAGAUGCUCACCGUCAGGAUGGAGAACAACAUGACACCGAUGGCGGGGACCCAAUCAUUGCAUUCGACUUCUUUUACACCGAUGUCACGGGAGGUGAACUUGACUUCAUGCGAAGUGCUCCUAAGGACAAAGAUGCAAUGGUUGUGGUGGUAGCUGUGGACAAGACGACAGGAAUGUCAAGAGCCAUACCCCUAGAGUCGAAAGGUGAUCAAUCAUUGGUGUAUGCGGCGAAAGAGAUCUUAAGCUUCAUAUCCUAUCUGGGAUAUCAAGGCGUGGUGAUCAGAUCGGACAACGAGCCUUCUGCUACAGCCUUGACCAAGAUGAUCUGUCACUCCAGGACGAAGUUGGGUUUGAAGACCGUGGCGAGACCGUCACAGCCUCAUGAGCAUGCAACAAAUGGAAUGGCAGAACAAUGUGUUCAGAACAUCCGAGAUCUAGCAGCAACUUUGUUGGAACAGGUAAAGGCUCAAUCGGGAACAGAGAUUCGGACGAGAGAUGAGAUUGCAGGCUGGGCGUAUGUGCAUGCUUCAAUGCUUCAGAACACGUUUGCAGUCAGAGCUGGAACGACUUCGUUCGAGAAGGCAUUUGGCUUGGCCUACAAUGGGAAGCUGGCAUGUUUCGGCGAGGUGGUGCUGUUUGCGUUGAGUCAAGGCCAUCGAAAGAAAGGACGCCCGAAGUUCGUAAAAGGCCUGUGGCUUGGAAAAUCGCUGGUGAACGACAUGCAUGUGUGUGGAACAGCGCUUGGUUUGUACCUGUCAACAACAGUCCGGAGGUUGAACCCACAGGAAAGGUGGAGCAAGCAUAUGUUGAAAGAAUUUCAAGGCAAACCAUACAAGUUUUCGUUGAGCAGCCUGGGAAAGGUCGUGAUUCCAGCUCUGAAAGACAGGACAAAGCCGAAUGUGGUACCAGACAUGCCAGUGAUGCCGAUGGAAGGACCAAUGGAGGCAGCGUUGAAAGCACCAGAUGAGGCCGGAUCUGACUCCUCAAGUUCAUCGUCACAGUCAGGUGCAAGAGAAUCAAGCCAUGAGGAGCCAGGAGGGGUUUCGGCACAAUCGUCGCAGCGUGCUAGCUCAACCCCGUCGGAAGGCGGAACUGAUGAUGGCGUGCGAGAAAAGAUGGACAUCGAGGCAGGAACAGGACAGAAGAGAUCUGAGCCCGAACCAAGUGCCAAGGAAGAAGACAAGCGUGGAGAAAAGAGACCGAUGCCGGAGGAGAAGAACGUCCCGCUGAACGCACCUCCACUUUAUGCUGGGAGCUCAUCGCCACCAAAGACCUCAAGAGUUUCAGCCGUGAAAGUUGCAGAUGCUGAGUACUACACGUUAGAUGAGCACCUAGAAGAGGAGUGGGGUGACAUGGAAGAGUGGGAAAUUUGGUCUGAGGUAGAAGAAGAAGAGGGCAUUGAUUGGGGAGAGCUUUGGCGUAACAGGACUGAGAAUGAAGGGCCUCCAGAACUGUCUGAACACGAGAUGGACCAAGUAGAUGCUGAGAGCAGGAGGACCGAAGUGAAGCGACUCCUGGACAUGGGAGUGUUGGAACAAGUAUCGUCCUUGCCUGAGAACGCAGAGUUGUUGCAGACGAAGCAUGUGAUGGACUGGCGGUACCGUGAGGCGAAGUGGAAGAGAAGGGCGAGAUUAGUGUGUAAGCAGCUGAAGAUCUGGGACCCAAACAGGACAGACGUGUAUGCCCCAAGCACCAAUCCAUCAAUUGCAAAGCUGUUGCCGGCCCUCAUGGUUUCCCGACCAGGGUGGCAGAUGGUUAGCUUCGAUGUGAAGGAUGCUUUCCUCGAGGUGAAGCAGCGUCAAGAGCUUCAUGUGAUGUUGGACGGCCUCCCGUAUAGAGUCCAUCGUUGUUUACCAGGACAGCAGGCAGCGUCUGCGUGGUGGGGAGAACAGCUGGCGGCGGACCUGGCUACAGCUGGCUUGGUGCCAGAUGAAGCAUGUCCGGCAGCGUUUGGACAGCCAGGUUUGGGUGCAACAGUUCAUGUCGAUGAUGGCUUGCUAGCUGGAACCCCAGAGAACACACGAAAGGUAACUGAGAUCCUGGAGAAGAAGUACAAGCUGGAAGUCUCAGAACCCGUGAAGAACAUAGGUGAUAGCCUGAAGUUCCUGAAGAAAGAGUUGCUAAUCACCGAGUCUGGCAUUGAGGUGCGAGUCGACAAGAAGUACUUGGAGAAGAUUUGUGGUGUGUUGGACCUGAAAAGGCCGAGAGUGAGGAAAACGCCGUGCAGUCCAGAAAUUGCCAAAAUGGAUGAGUCAGAGCCCUUGCAGGAGCUGGAGGCUUCGAAGUUCAGAGCGGCAGUCGGAAGCUUCCUGUACCUCAGCCCAGAUAGACCAGAUGCCCAAUGGACCAUCGCACACUUGGCAAGGUCGAUGAGUCGGCCAACGAAGCGUAUGUGGAAGCAUGCCUGUCACUUAGCAGAGUAUCUGUUAGCCACAGCUGAUGUGUGUCUCACGUUGGCAUGGACGUAUCCGGGAAGGUCAAGUUUGGAUGAGAGAAAGCUCAGUCGAGAGGAGGCAACAAGGCUGCAAGUAGAGAACAGCGGCAAACCGGAUUUGGUUGAGGGCAUGAGCGAUAGUGACUGGGCUGGACAUUGGACGAGGGUGUCAUCGACGUGUGGCCAUGUCUAUUUGAAUGGGAACGCGACCUUCAGCUUCGUGAGGAAGCAAGGCUCGAUUUCUCUGUCGUCAUGCGAAGCAGAGCUCAUGGCAUGUUGUUCCACGGCAGCAGAACUGAUGUAUGUUGGGCACGUGAUCAAGACGCUUUCAAGCACACCUUGUCGGUUGUUAUGCCGGCUAGACUCGUCUAGUGCACGAUCAUUGCUCCAAAAGCGUGGCGUGUCGAAAGUGCGUCAUCUGGAAACGAAACUGCUAUGGGUACAGAGGGAAACUUCGAGGGGAGCCUUGGAACUGGGAACAGUAUCCACGUACCUAAAUACUGCUGACAUAGGUACAAAGGCGCUAAGCUCAGAACGCUAUGGAUUCCUGAUGUCUCGCCUGGGCUAUGGUGGCUUCGAGUGUUUGAGCAAAAACAAGCAGAAGUACGACCAGAUGAAUGCCAAGGUGAUUCGUUUGCUGGUGAUGAUGGAUGCAAUGAGAACCGCGAAUGGAGCAGAAGCCUCUGGAAGAGAUCGUGAGCUGGAGCAGGGUGGCAUCACGAUUAUGAGCGCCUUGAGCCUGGAGAUCAAGGUCAACCAAUGGGGUGGUGUUCUCCUGGUGGCUGCGGCUUUGGUGGUCCUGAUGACCGUGAUGAAAGGCGACUUGGAGACCUACAGAGGAUGGCGACGACGACUGAUCAAACAGAAGAAGAUGAAGAAUGGGAACAUGAGCCAGAUGAAGAAUGGGAACCACCACUAUGUGUACCAGAUGAACCUCAACGACAAGAUGAACCUCGACUACCAGAUGAACCUCGACUACCAGAUGAACCUCGACGACCAGAUGAACCUCAACGACAAGAUGAACCUCGACUACCAGAUGAACCUCAACGACCAGAUGAACCUCGACGACCAGAUGGACCUCUUCGACCAGAUGAACCUCGACGACAAGAUGGACCUCAAGUGCGAGUGCAGGCUCAACCUGUGCCUGUAG